AUGGGAAAAGUUGGCGGAGGCAGCGGCGGCGGCGGCUCCCCAACCCGGCUCGGCGCGCUCCUCGCCCGCACUGGGAUCUUGCUUCUCUGCGCUCGGGGCGCCUGUGGCGGCGGCGGCGGCGGGGGAGGCUCCUGUUGCCCCCCGCCGUCCCCUGGAUCGGCCCAGCGUUGGACACCAGCCCGAUCUGGGACACCCCCUCUGGGGCCCCAAGAGAAGCCGGGGCCGGCGGCUGUUGCUGGGGAGCAGCGGCGCCCCGGGGCUCCUGCCAAGCCGAGUAGAGCGCCCACGGCUCCCAUACCAUUCCCCCGUCGCCCGGUGUUUACAGUGGCCCCGGGGGACAGGGCUCUUUCCUUCGAGAGGGGCCCAGGCGGCAGCAGCGGGGCCGGAGGACUUCGCUCUAUUCGGAGGAGACGGAGUGAGAUUGAACAAGAAAAGGAAGAUCGGGACAACGGCGAGGGCAGGCGCCCACGGGGGCCACCGGGGGAUGGAGGGCAGCGCGAGCCUGGCAAAGCCACCCGGUUCCGGCUGGAGGAGCUGAGACUGACAAGUACCACGUUUGCGCUGACCGGGGACUCAGCACACAACCAAGCCAUGGUCCACUGGUCAGGUCACAACAGCAGUGUGAUUCUAAUUUUGACGAAGCUGUAUGACUAUAACCUAGGGAGCAUCACUGAGAGCUCACUUUGGAGGUCAACAGAUUAUGGGACAACCUAUGAGAAGCUGAAUGAUAAAGUUGGUCUGAAGACAAUUUUGAGCUAUCUCUAUGUCUGCCCUACCAAUAAGCGCAAGAUCAUGUUACUCACAGACCCGGAGAUUGAGAGCAGUUUAUUGAUCAGCUCUGAUGAAGGGGCAACCUAUCAAAAGUAUCGGCUGAACUUUUACAUCCAAAGCCUACUUUUUCAUCCCAAGCAAGAGGAUUGGAUUCUGGCAUAUAGUCAAGACCAAAAGUUAUACAGCUCUGCGGAAUUUGGGAGGAGAUGGCAACUUCUCCAGGAAGGAGUCGUCCCUAACAGAUUCUACUGGUCAGUGAUGAGGUCAAACAGGGAACCAGACCUUGUACAUCUGGAAGCCAGGACUGUGGAUGGUCAUUCACAAUACUUAACCUGCCGGAUGCAGAACUGCACAGAAGGCAACAGAAAUAAACCUUUCCCUGGCUACAUUGACCCCGAUUCUCUGAUUGUUCAGGAUGAUUACGUUUUUGUUCAGUUGACCUCGGGAGGACGACCACAUUACUACGUGUCUUACCGUAGGAAUGCAUUUGCACAGAUGAAGCUGCCCAAGUAUGCCCUGCCUAAGGAUAUGCAUGUCAUCAGCACAGAUGAGAAUCAAGUGUUUGCAGCAGUCCAGGAAUGGAACCAAAACGACACCUACAACCUCUACAUCUCAGACACACGGGGCGUCUACUUCACUCUGGCUCUGGAGAAUGUCCAGAGUAGCCGAGGGCCAGAGGGUAAUGUCAUGAUUGACCUCUAUGAGGUAGCAGGGAUAAAGGGAAUGUUCUUGGCUAACAAGAAGAUUGACAACCAAGUGAAGACUUUCAUCACAUACAACAAAGGCAGAGACUGGAGGUUGCUACAGGCUCCUGACACUGAUCUGAGAGGGGACCCUGUACAUUGCCUACUGCCAUACUGUUCCCUGCAUCUUCAUUUAAAGGUCUCUGACAACCCAUACACCUCUGGAAACAUUGCCAGCCGUGACACAGCUCCCAGCAUCAUAGUGGCUUCGGGUAACAUUGGAUCUGAGCUGUCUGACAAUGAUAUCAGUAUGUUUGUGUCUUCAGAUGCCGGGAACACCUGGAGGCAGAUCUUUGAAGAAGAGCAUAGUGUUCUAUACCUGGAUCAAGGUGGGGUCUUGGUUGCUAUGAAACACACAUCUCUGCCAAUCCGACAUCUCUGGUUAAGUUUUGAUGAAGGGAGAUCAUGGAGUAAAUACAGUUUCACUUCCAUCCCUCUUUUUGUGGAUGGAGUCCUGGGUGAGCCUGGAGAAGAGACCCUAAUCAUGACAGUGUUUGGACACUUCAGCCAUCGUUCUGAAUGGCAACUGGUCAAAGUAGACUACAAGUCUAUAUUUGAUAGGCGGUGUGCUGAGGAAGACUACAGACCAUGGCAGCUGCACAGCCAGGGAGAGGCAUGCAUUAUGGGAGCCAAGAGGAUAUACAAAAAGCGUAAAUCAGAAAAGAAAUGCAUGCAGGGAAAGUAUGCGGGAGCCAUGGCUUCUGAACCAUGUGUCUGUACAGAGGCCGAUUUUGAUUGUGACUACGGCUAUGAGCGCCACAGCAAUGGCCAGUGCCUGCCAGCAUUCUGGUUCAAUCCAUCCUCCCUCUCAAAGGAUUGCAGCCUGGGACAGAGUUACCUCAAUAGCACUGGGUACCGAAAAGUGGUUUCCAACAACUGCACAGAUGGAGUGAGGGAGCAGUAUACUGCCAAGCCCCAGCAGUGUCCUGGCAAGGCCCCCCGGGGCCUUCGCAUCAUCACCUCUGAUGGGAAACUGACUGCAGAACAAGGACACAACGUCACCCUCAUGGUACAACUGGAAGAGGGUGACCUGCAAAGGACACUCAUCCAGGUGGACUUUGGCGAUGGCAUUGCAGUGUCUUAUGUCAACCUCAGCUCCACCGAGGAUGGGAUCAAACAUGUCUACCAGAAUGUGGGCAUUUUCCGAGUGACUGUUCAGGUGGACAACAGUCUGGGGUCUGACAGCGCCGUCCUGUACUUACAUGUAACUUGUCCCUUGGAGCAUGUACACUUAUCACUUCCCUUCGUCACCACCAAGAACAAAGAGGUCAACGCAACAGCUGUAUUGUGGCCCAGCCAAGUGGGGACCCUGACUUAUGUGUGGUGGCAUGGGAACAACACAGAGCCUCUGAUCACCCUGGAGGGAAGCAAAUCAUUUAAAUUUACUUCAGAAGGAAUGAACACUAUAACAGUACAGGUCUCAGCCGGCAGUGCGAUUCUUCAGGACACAAAAACCAUCGCAGUGUAUGAGGAAUUCCAGUCUCUCCGCCUGUCCUUCUCUCCAAACCUGGAUGACUAUAACCCAGACAUCCCAGAGUGGAGGCGGGACAUCAGCCGAGUCAUCAAAAGAGCCCUAGUUGAAGCCACAGGUGUUUCAAGCCAACACAUAUUGGUAGCAGUGCUUCCAGGCCUACCCACAGCUGCUGAACUCUUUGUCUUGCCCUAUCAGGAUGCUUCAGGAGAAAACAAAAGAUCAUCAGAGGACCUGGAGCAGAUAUCAGAACUGAUGAUUCACAAACUGAACCAAAACUCCAUCCACUUUGAGCUAAAACCUGGAAUCCGUGUUCUUGUCCAUGCUGCCCACUUAACAGCAGCCCCACUGGUGGACCUCACCCCAAGCCACAGUGGGUCUGCAAUGCUGAUGCUACUCUCUGUGGUGUUUGUAGGGUUGGCCGUGUUCGUUAUCUACAAGUUCAAAAGGAAGAUCCCGGGCCUUAAUGUUUAUGCCCAGAUGCAGAAUGAGAAAGAGCAAGAGCUGAUCAGCCCAGUCAGUCACAGUGAAAGCAGGCCCAAUAUCACUGAGGCUGAGCUGAGGAGCCCUGGCCAAUUUGUAGAUGAGAAGUUGGACCCACAGCCCAUAGGAAGUAUUUCCAUAGUUGCUGAGAAUCAAAGCACAAAAGAAAUCCCUACCUAUGUAAAUGUUUGAAUGGAGGACG